CCCAACAUAACCUACACACCGCCCCCAUCGAAUCUCCCAAAAUCACCAUUAUGCCCCCACUAAUCCACAUAGUCCGCCACGGCGAAGCCCUCCACAACACGCACCCCGCCUACCCCCACCGUGACCCUCCCUUGACAAAAUCCGGACACUACACCACAAAACACAAGCACCUCCCCGCCCACCCCGAUCUUAUCCUCAUCUCCCCCUUAACCCGCACCAUCCAAACAGCCUUGAACAUGUUUCCCUUUCUCUCCUCCCCUACACCAUCCAUCCCCGCACACAUAUGGCCUGACCUCCGCGAAACCCACUCUACCAGUCCAUGUAACCAGGGUUCGCCACGCAGCCAUCUCGAAGCGACAUUCCCGCAACUCGACUUUUCGCGUUGUCGCGAGGAGUGGGAUUAUGAGGGGGAGAGUGAGGAUGAGGCUGUGGCGAGGGCGGAGAGAGUGAGGAGACGGGUCAAGGUGUUAAUGGAGGAGGAGGGGUAUGGGAAUGUUUUUUUGGUUACGCAUAGGGGGUUUAAGGGGUAUUUGGUGGGGGGGAGGCGGUUUGGGCUUGCGGAGGUGAGGACGUAUCGGGUUUUUGGGAAAGGAGAGGAGGGGGAAGAAGAAGAAGAAGAAGAAGAAGAAAAGGGGAGGAGGUGGGGGGUUGAUUGGGAGACGGGGGUGGAGAGGGAUUAUGGGCCGACGGUUUGGGUGCUGGAUGGAGGGAAGAGGUAG